AUGUCUGAAAGAGAUUCCACUAAGCUGCUAGCAUUAUUCUUCUGUGUUGCUUCCUUUGCAUCUGUUGUUGCUGGAGAUAGCAAAGCAGAAGCUCUGUUAAAUUGGAGAGAUGGCUUUAACGACCAAAGCAAAGCUACCUUGUCCUCUUGGAAGAAUGGUACUAAUCCCUGCGGACAAUCCUGGAGGGGAAUUUCCUGUGAUAAAUCCAUGUCUGUGAUCAAGAUAAGGCUGUCAAAUCUUGGCCUUCAAGGUACACUUUCCAGUCUCGACUUCGCUGCCUUUCCUAAUCUCCUCUACUUCGAAAUAAAUUCCAACCGAUUUCAUGGAAACAUUCCACACGAAAUUGGUAAUUUUUCCAGUAUUUUGAUGUUGAGUUUGGCAGAUAAUCCAAUUAAGGGUCCCAUUCCUCCUGAAAUCUGGAAUCUAACCGCUUUAAAUAUUCUUGAUCUUAGUUCAUGUAAUCUCACAGGACGAAUUCCCUAUGAAAUUGGGAAUUUGAGGAAGUUGAAUCUCUUAUUGCUUGGACAAAAUUCCUUUUCCGGUCCCAUUCCUGAAGAGAUUGGAAUGUUGAGCCAUCUCUUAGAGCUUGAUUUAGGAGGAAAUUCUCUGUCAGGGAGAAUCCCAUCAUCAAUUGGAAACUUGACCAUGUUACAAAAUCUUUAUCUUUUUGGGAACAAUCUUGAGGGUCCUAUUCCUAAUGAAUUUUGGAAACUCUAUUCUCUCAUUAACAUUCAUUUAAGUUAUAAUAGAUUCUCUGGGGCAAUCUCUCCCUCCAUAGGAAACCUAACAAAUCUCGAAAAAUUGUUCUUUUUUAAGAACAGAUUUUUCGGUCCAAUUCCUGCAUCCAUUGGUAACUUAAUCAAUGUAUAUGAUGUCGCCCUUCAAAGCAAUAGUCUUUCAGGAUUUAUUCCUUCCACUAUUGGAAACAUGACAAAGCUCACCUCCUUGUGCCUAGACAGCAACAAUUUCAGUGGUCAACUUCCACAAGAAAUGAAUAACUUGACAAGUUGUUAUACCAUACAACUGAGUUAUAAUCAUUUCAAUGGUCCUUUGCCACAAAAUAUCUGUCAAGGUGGGAUGUUGGUUAAGUUUACUGCUAAUGAUAACCAUUUCACUGGUCCUAUUCCAAGAAGUUUGAAGGAUUGUUCUAGUCUAGAAAGAUUAAGGCUUGAUAAUAACCAAAUAGCAGAUAAUAUAACAGUUGCUUUUGGGAUAUAUCCUUAUUUGUACUACAUCGAUCUAAGUGGAAAUCAAUUAUAUGGCCACCUUUCGUCCAAGUGGGGGAAGUGUCAAAAUCUCACACAAUUGAUUAUUCACAAUAACAAGCUUUCUGGUGAUAUACCACCAGAACUAAAAGGGGCAACUAAACUUGGUUUACUUAACUUGUCUUCAAAUCACUUCUCUGGAAAAAUUCCAAAUGAACUAGGGAAGUUGACCAAAUUGAUGAAACUCUCUUUGAGUGACAAUAACUUCUUUGGUAAUGUCCCCUCAGGUAUAAGAUCACUUAGUCAACUUGAAAUUUUGGAGUUAGCAGCAAAUAAUUUAACUGGUUCAAUCACAAGCGAGCUUAGGGAAUUGAAAAGCUUAAGGGUCUUGAACUUGAGCAAAAACAAAUUUGAUGAAAGCAUUCCCCCUGAGUUUGGCGAGAUCCUAAAACUUGAACAACUUGAUCUUAGUGACAAUUUGCUAAUUGGAACAAUACCAUUGAGGCUUGGAAUGUUACCUAACUUGCAAGUUUUGAAUCUCUCACACAAUAAUCUCACUGGCACCAUUCCUUCCGGCUUUAGUGGAUCAAUGUCAGCUCUGUCUAUAGUUGACAUAUCAUACAAUCAAUUAGAAGGCCCUAUUCCAAUCAAACCUGCCUUUCACAACAUUGAUGCAUUAAGGAAUAACAAAGGCUUGUGCGGUAAUGUCACUGGUUUAAGUCCCUGUACAAAAAGCAAAGAUGGAGAAAGUGCACCAGAAGAUGUUUAUUUUGUAUGGAGUCUUAAAAGAGAAAUAUUGUAUGAAGACAUCAUUGAAGCCACAAAGGAAUUUGAUGAAAGAUAUCUCAUUGGGAAAGGGGGCCAAGGAAGUGUUUAUAAGGCUAAGUUGCCUACAGGAGACAUUAUUGCAGUAAAGAAGCUUCAUUCAAUGCCAAGUGGGGAAAUCUCCAACCAAAAAGCUUUCACAAGUGAGAUCCAAGCUUUGACAGAAAUCAAACAUCGUAACAUUGUGAAGUUGUAUGGGUUUUAUUCCAAUUCACAAUUCUCUAUUUUGGUUUAUGAGUUCUUGGAAGGUGGCAGCUUGGACCACAUAUUAAAAAAUGAGGAACAAGCCAUUGUGUUUGACUGGAAAAAGAGGGUGAAUGUUGUCAAAGGCGUGGCUAAUGGUUUAUUCCAUAUGCAUCAUGGUUGUUCAAUUCCUAUUGUUCAUCGUGACAUAUCAAGCAAGAAUGUUCUUCUAAGUUCUGAUUAUGAAGAAGCUCGGAUCAUUGACUUUGGAACGGCAAAAUUUUUGAGUCCUAACUCAAACAAUAUCACCACAUUUGCUGGCACAUUUGGGUAUGCUGCACCAGCCAAUGAGAAAUGUGAUGUAUAUAGCUUUGGAGUGUUGACUUUAGAAAUCAUUAUGGGUGCACAUCCCGCAGAGCUCAUUUCAUUUUUGGCGGAGAAUUCAACCAAUAAUGAUUUGUUGUUAAGGGAUGUGUUAGACCCACGAAUUUCUCCACUCACAAAACCAAUCCUAGAUGAUGUGAUCUUAGUUGCAAAAAUAGCUUUUUGUUGCGUGAAUGAGACUCCUCAAUCUCGUCCAACGAUGGAACAAGCAUCUACGGAGCUAGCAAGGACACCAAAACACUAUUCAGAGGAUCAAUUUCACACCAUCACAAUUGGACAACUAAUGAGGGAUUGA